GCCGACGCGAGUGUUAAGCGGCCGCCUCGGGCGGCGGAGGCAGAGCCGAGAGCCGGCGGCGGAGCCCGGGCAGGACGCGGCCAGCUGGCGCGGCGGGCUAUGAGACGCCCAUCAUAAGCUCCAGAGAGUUGCCUUCCACGGAACCCAGCAGAGGAGGGGCCAAACAUGAAGUCCAGCCCUGCCAUCCAAGCUGCCAUUGACCUUACGGCGGGGGCCGCAGGGGGCACGGCAUGUGUACUGACGGGGCAACCCUUCGACACCGUGAAAGUGAAGAUGCAGACGUUCCCCGACCUGUACAGGGGCCUCACCGACUGCUGCCUGAAAACCUACUCCCAAGUGGGCUUCCGGGGCUUCUACAAGGGGACCAGCCCGGCGCUGAUCGCCAACAUCGCUGAGAACUCCGUCCUCUUCAUGUGCUACGGCUUCUGCCAGCAGGUGGUGCGGAAAGUGGUUGGAUUGGAGAAGCAGGCCAAGCUGAGUGAUCUGCAGAACGCGGCCGCUGGUUCCUUCGCCUCUGCCUUUGCUGCUCUCGUGCUUUGCCCCACGGAGCUUGUCAAGUGCCGGCUACAGACCAUGCAUGAAAUGGAGUCAUCAGGGAAGAUCGCCAGAAGCCAUAACACAGUCUGGUCCGUGGUGAAGAGCGUCCUCAGGAAGGAUGGCCCCUUGGGCUUCUACCAUGGCCUCUCCAGCACUUUACUCCGAGAGGUGCCAGGCUAUUUCUUCUUCUUCGGCGGCUACGAACUGAGCAGGUCGUUUUUUGCAUCAGGGAGAUCGAAGGAUGAACUAGGGCCUGUCCCUUUGAUGUUAAGCGGUGGAGUUGGUGGAAUCUGCCUUUGGCUGGCUGUUUACCCAGUGGAUUGCGUCAAAUCCAGAAUUCAAGUUCUCUCCAUGUCUGGAAAACAGGCAGGAUUUAUCGGAACCUUGAUAAGCAUUGUGAAAAAUGAAGGAAUAACGGCCUUAUAUUCUGGACUGAAACCUACUAUGAUCCGAGCAUUCCCUGCCAAUGGGGCGCUAUUUUUAGCCUAUGAGUACAGCAGGAAGUUGAUGAUGAGCCAGUUUGAAGCCUGCUGAAGCAUCCUGGUGAGCCGAGAUCGAGUGUCGGCAUUGAGGAUGGCAGUUCAUCUCAGGGUUUCAUGGAGUACAAGACCAAUGUAGAACUAUUUUGGUUUCAUAGGAAUUUUAUUUUUUGGUCUUCCCUUAAUUCUAUCCUAAAUCUUAAACUUUACGGAAGAGCCUCUAUUUUGUAUCCUAUAGUUUCUGGCCGUAAUUGUAUCGAAAUAGAAAAGCUGCUGCUCUUGUCGUUGGUGGGGCAUUUAGGGUGAGUCGCCAGCCCUUUGCUCAGUCUGAAAGGCUAAAUGUAGUUCUGUCAGGGCUUUUGCAUAAACCUGUAUGUGUCCAUGUAGUUAGGAUGGGUUGCAUGUUGUUAGUAAAGCACAGAUUGGCUCCAUGUUUAAUCUCAGAUCCCCCAGAAAAAGCCAGAGGUAACCAUGUUUCAUGAAAUGGCUGUAAACGUGUACUUGACUCAUUGUAGAUGUAGGGUCUCUUAAAAUCUGCUUAGCACAUGCACUGUACUAAGUGGCUAAAGCUCUUAAGUUUUCCUGUGGUGCUUGAAAACUAGAAGGUCGAUCUAGAGUUCAUAGAGAAGGACAUACUUGCCUACUGUUAUGGCUUCCAUGUUACUGAUGUUAGUUUAGAGUGAGCACUUUGGAAUUUCCCAAGAUGUUCAACUGUUAAAACUGUGCCGUUCGUUUUCUAGGUGGGAUCACAUUCUAGGUGGGAUCUAGGCCUAGAGCAGCAUACCCUUACCUGUGCCAACCUCCCUUCUCCUCCCCAAGGACUUCCCCUUUGCCGGGCUUUAGGCUGAGGAAGGGGCUGUGCUGCUAUGCUGUGUGAGGCGGGGGCUGACUGCGGCCCUAAGUGUCUGCCUGGGCCCUGGCCUGGGUAGGGCUCCCAAGCUACCUGUGGGCUCUUGGUCCACCUGCGACCACUCCCUUAGUGCCUCCACCAGUCAGAAAGCCUUCUGGGGAGCAGAGCGCCAAAACCAGAAGCCCUUUUCCCUGUCUGGUAACUGAGUGAUGGUGCUCGAGGGCGAAGUCCUCCCUCCAGUGGAACUGGACAGAACCUAGUGCAUAUCCUCCACAGUGAGAGAGGUCAGGCUGGCCCUUUCUGAAGUUCAUCUUAGGAUCUGUAACUGCUCGCCAUGUCCCCUACGGUGUUGGAGCCUUUUACAUUUGGUACCAGCAGUCGGUGCAUUUUCAUGAUUAUAUAUUGGGGGGUGGGGGGGCUUUUUAAAGCAACAAAACAAGCUGAGCAAUUAAGUUCUGCCAUAUGUAUGCACUAACAACCCCCGCAGAAGCCCAGGUCACCCGGGCUAAGAGGCUCCUUGUCACCACGUAGGCAAGCCCCGUCAUUCCGUGCUGCCCCGUGACCAGCAAGGACUCUCUCAGUAAUGUGUGUGCUUAAGCCGCCUGUAAGUCUGAAAGCCAGCAGGCCGACCUGUGUCUGUCUCGUGUGUCUGUCAUUAGCCCAGUGGAAGCCUUGUGUGAAACCUCCGGUUUCCUUAAGCUCUGUGUUCUACAAAGCCUCUGUGCGUGCCCAGAGAAGGAGGGUCAGGGAAGGGAGAUGUGCCCUCCCCCCCACCACGGAGGGGUGGGGAGCUACUGUGGACGUUUGGGGAGGGGUGCUCCGUGCUGUGCCUGAUGUACUCUGGAGCGAGGGCGGGUUGGCCAUCUGCGUUUUCUUUGAAAGAAAAUCAUUUUCCUACCUUUUCUCUGCAUACCUUAAAUGGUCCGUAGCUACUGAGUGGUGCUUCAUCAGAAUGGGCCUGGACCGAAGCAAAACAGAAAGUGGGGCUGGCUUCUAGAAGGAAGUGAGCUACUUCAGAAUCCACGAGCCCCUGCCUGGUGCCCGUGAGCCCAUCUGAGUUAGGCCUUUUGGCACGGGACCUUCUCAUAUAUUGUCCUUUUACGAUUCAACUAAAUAUCUGCAGUAGCAGGAGUCCAAGGAAAAGUAAGAGUGAGGAAUGAAACCCAAAUCGGGAAAUUUUUUUCCCAUUCUAUUUGCUUAAUUCAUGGUUUAGUAUUUGAAUACAAUUUGUACCAUUUCAGAUCUGUACUCCAAAUAUAGUAACUUGAAAUCGUGUGUUUAAAGCAACUCUGGUGUUCUACUAUCAUUAAAUUAUUUACCUAAAAUUUGAGUAUA